GAGCGGAGGCGGCCGCCCGGCCAUGUCGGGGUGAGGGUCCCGCCGGCGCGGCCUCCCCCCGCCGCCGCCAUCGCACUGCGCUCCACGAUGGGGUCCAUCCUCAGCCGCAGGAUGGCCGGGGUGGAGGACAUCGACAUCCAGGCCAACUCGGCCUACCGCUACCCGCCCAAAUCCGGAAACUACUUUGCAACUCAUUUUUUCAUGGGAGGUGAGAAGUUUGAUACACCACAUCCUGAGGGUUACCUGUUUGGAGAGAACAUGGACCUGAACUUCCUGGGCAACCGACCAGUGCAGUUUCCUUAUGUCACACCCGCCCCUCACGAGCCUGUGAAAACACUGAGAAGUUUGGUGAAUAUCCGCAAAGACUCCCUCCGGCUGGUGAGGUACAAAGAUGACGCCGACAGCCCCACCGAGGAGAACGGCAAGGCCAGAGUCAUGUACAGUUUGGAAUUUACUUUUGAUGCCGAUGCCCGUGUGGCUAUCACCAUCUACUGCCAGGCGAUGGAGGAGUUCAUGAGUGGGAUGGCAGUAUACAGCACAAAGAACCCUUCUCUGCAGUCGGAGACGGUGCAUUAUAAGAGAGGCGUGAGCCAACAGUUCUCCCUUCCGUCCUUCAAGAUCGAUUUCUCAGAGUGGAAGGACGAUGAGUUAAACUUCGAUCUGGACCGGGGUGUUUUUCCUGUGGUGAUCCAGGCUGUGGUGGAUGAAGGGGAUGUAAUGGAAGUUACCGGUCAUGCCCAUGUACUCUUAGCUGCCUUCGAAAAGCAUGUUGAUGGCAGCUUCUCUGUGAAACCUUUAAAACAAAAGCAGAUUGUGGAUCGGGUCAGCUACCUUCUCCAGGAGAUCUACGGCAUCGAGAACAAAAACAACCAGGAAACCAAGCCCUCCGACGACGAGAACAGCGACAACAGCAACGAGUGUGUCGUGUGCCUGUCGGAUUUGCGCGAUACGCUGAUCCUGCCCUGCAGACACCUGUGCCUGUGUAACUCGUGUGCGGAUACCCUGCGCUACCAAGCCAACAACUGUCCCAUCUGCAGACUGCCGUUCCGAGCCCUCCUACAGAUUCGGGCGGUGAGGAAGAAGCCCGGAGCCCUCUCCCCGGUCUCCUUCAGUCCCGUCUUGGCACAGAGCAUGGAUCACGACGAGCACUCUUGUCCCUUUAAAAAAUCAAAGUCGAACCCUGUCUCAUUGGCCAGCAAGAAACCUAAAAGGGAAACAAGCUCUGACAACAUCCCUCCCGGAUACGAGCCCAUCUCUCUGCUCGAAGCUCUGAACGGCCUCCGCUCCAUCUCCCCGGCCAUCCCUUCCGCCCCCCUCUAUGAAGAAAUCACCUACUCGGGCAUCUCGGAGGGGCUCUCUCAAGCCGGGCGGCCCCUUGCUGGGAUCGACAGAGCCGUGGAGAACGGCCACCAGAAGAGCAAGCAGAGCAAGUCCCCUGAUAGCACACUACGGUCUCCGUCAUCUCCCAUCCACGAGGAGGACGAGGAGAAAUUAUCCGAAGACUCUGAUUCACCUCCCCCGCUGAGCGGUACCGAGCUCACCUUUCGGGAGAGCAGCUCGCCCGAGAGCAUCGUUACUGAGGAAAUCGAAGAGGUGACUCCUCUGAAGCCAGAAAGCCAACCCCCAUCUCUAGAGGACGUCCUGCAAGACAGCAGCAGUGACCCCAGAAGCCUUCCCAAACCUGCGGGUGACCCUCCAGCCGACGUUUACCUACCAGGAAGUUCAGCCUCCAUGGAGACCUUCCGGAGCCACGGCAGGAGCGGGUCUCCUCUUCCUCCGCUGAGCGCCCCCGGCCUCGGGUUGGAGGAGGCCGAGCUGACCCCUCUCUGAGGUGCUGGUUUGGAGCCCCCGGCCCACCCGACUGGACCCCAGACUACACCCACACUCACACCUCCCUCUCUCUGCACAUCACGGCGGAAGCAGCGGGCUCGGACGUGCCCCGGGCCCGAACGAAAGAGCACAGCUAACCUACUCCUCUGAACCGUCCCGUCUCCCCCCCCCCCCCCCCCGCCAACCCCCAAUUCCCCUUUUGUACUUUAAACCGGUCUGUAACCGACGUGAGAUGAAGGACCGCAACUUUCCCCAUCGGGAGUUAAGGGCCUUUUUUUAGCCGCCGUUUGGCCUGGAAGGCCGGGACCUUCCCCGGGAGCUGAGGUAACCUCUCGGCUACCCAACCCGGAGUUUGGCCGAGGCGGUUUUGGGGGAGGCCAGGCCUAGUUCAGACCCUAAGCAGUUCUGUACUCUUCCCACCCAGAACCAAAUUUAAAUUAGCGGAAGGGCGUUCCGUGGGUGGGGUCGGAGGGGGCGUUUUUCCUCACGGGGAUUAUUUAGAGCGAAAGAGAGGAGGAGGUCGAGUCAAACUCUAUGAAGGAAAUUACACUCUGCGUUUUGUAAUAUCACGUGGCGGCCGAAGGCAGCCUUUUGCUGUCGUGCCCGGUUGCUUGUCAGUUGCUUGUCGUAGACGUGCGUGGCUCAGCGGUGGCACCGUCAAAGUCCUCUUCCUCCCACGGCACGAGGGAACUGGGUUUCGUUGGGGGCCCUCUCUCUGCCGCUUCACCCAGAGGCCUCCGCCGCCGCAGGCGCUGGCUUUUGGGGAACGGUGUGCGGAGACCGACUGGAGACCCUUGCUCUGGAAGUCAGAGCCUCUUAGCUUUUUCCUGUGGGACUCCAAGCCACCAAUGGUUCCGAUCGGCCCAGCAGGCGGUGGGGCUGAGGGCGGGAGAGGGGUGUCCACCUCUCCUGCAAGCAGCGGGGGUGGGAAGGCAUCCAACUGCUUCGGCUCCCAAGGACCGGGAAUCUCCAACUCGUCCUCCCGCUCCUCCCCACACCCCCCUCGGCGGUUUCCAGCCGGCUUUCCCCAGAGCCUUCUAGGGGAGAUCGGUCUUGGCAAGCUUCUCGGGGCUGGGAUCCAAAGCACAGAAUGCGAGCCUUUGGCUUUUUAAUUCUUUAGGGCCCCUUUUUCCCGGGUAGGUUCUUCCCCGAACCCUGGACUUGGCUGGAAUCUCCACGGGGUGAGAACUCCGAGCGCCCCUGACUUCCUUGAGGCCUUAAAUCUGGCUCAGGGUCCGGGAUCGAUGGCCUCUCGGGGGGCAAGGGAGCCUGGUGAACUACCCGGUCCUUAGCCGGAGUCCGUUCUGCUCCUCAGAUUUUAACUAUCCCUUGUCGUUGAUGUCAUCGGGCCCUCCAGAAACGCACCUACAGUGGGAACGGCUUGGGGUUACGGACCAGUCGGGAUAGGUCCGACGGUCCGUCGGUCAGUGGUAUUUAUUGAGUGCUUCUAAUGUGCGGAGCACCCUACUAAGUGCCUGGGAGAGUACUAGAGAGUAAAUAGGCACCAUUCCUGCUUUUGGAGAGGCUGUGAAGUGUCCCUUUGCCCUCGGUCCUCAGCGGUGGAGGCGGGAGCGGUGUGAGGAGAGUCAGAUUGAUUGACGUUUAGGGCCCCAAUGGGAAUUCAGUGAA